UUUCUUUUUCCAUCUUUAUCCUAUAAUAAUAAAACCUCCUUUUCCUGUUGAGCUUUAAUUUUGUAUUGAUGAUCAAACCUUCAAUAUGAGUUCAGUCUCAUUUCCUUCCCCUCCGUACCACCAGACAACGACCUCAAAUCCCUUUCUGCUCAUCUCCCAAAGAAGGAUUCGGCAUAGGCCUUCCCUUCGUAAAAUUAAUCUUGGUGGAAUAACCAAUGUUUCUAGCAAUUUUGAGUCACCGCAAUAUCUAAGGCAGUCCUUGAUUCCGGCGAGUUAUCCUUCACGACAGAGAGGCCUAUUUCUAGUGCCACCGGAUGCCAAGAUCAAGAGUUCAGGUUCAGGAGAGGAGGAUUCAUCAGGAGCCUUGGAAACAGUUCUCAAGCUUUACUCAGCAAUCAAGAACAAAAAUAUACGCGAAUUAUCUGAUGUUAUUGACGAUGAAUGCCAAUGCAUCUGCAAUUUCUUCUCAUCUUUUCAACCUUUACAAGGAAAAAAGCAAGUGCUUGAUUUUUUCACUUCUUUGAUCAAGUAUUUGGGAAAUCACAUCGAAUUUGUAGUGCAACCGACAUUGAAUGAUGGCAUGGUUGUUGGCAUCCAUUGGAGAUUAGAGUGGAAUAAAACUCAUAUGCCUUUGGGAAAGGGUUUCAGCUUCUAUACUUGCCAAACCUACCAUGGAAAAGUGAUGAUAAGGUAAUGCAUCACAAAAAACUAGGCCAAAUACGCACUUGACAAGUGAUGAUUUUCAUCAGACAUUUUUAGUUUUUCCUUUCGUAAUGCUAACAUCUGGACAAUAAUUCAGGCAUGUGGAAAUGAUCAUGGAACCACUCCUUCAUGUGGAACCUUUGAGGCUAGUAAGUGAUUUUCAAAAUUUUCUUCCUUAUUUUCAGGAUGUUAAAUGUAGCUGAGUAGACAUUUGAAAUUUAGAAUCGACCUAUUCCUUCUAAUGUAUCGUGUUGUUUUCUAUAUCAUUUUUUUGCAGAAAAUAAUCGGAUAUCUGACGACCACAAUGGACAAAAUAAGCUCUGGCGAAUCAUCCAAAGCCUGGAAAAAGGGAGUUCUCUGUGCAAUACUCGCUCUGUUGUUUACAGCUGCCAUUCUGGUUUUCUCAAAGCUGUACUAGAUCCCAAUAUAAGAGUCCAGCGGAUGCUUCUUAUUCUUCAUCCCUUGUAUGACUAUCAUUGCAAAAAGGAAGUUCUAUGUGAUGCCAUCAACAAUAACAAGAUUUAAGAACACAUUGCCGCCCAAACAGUCCCAACAAGAGAAAUGAAGUGUGGGUCUCUUAUUGUUCUUCAGCGUGCUUUAAGGGGCUCUUCCUUUUUGAAAGGAUUUUAAAAUUGAACUGCAUUCAUAAUAUUUUGUAACUUUAAUUUAAAAAAA